AUUUUAAACGUCAACUAUCAGCUGAUUGUCAAAAGAAACAACACACAACAUCGAUGUCAAACAUUUAGAACAACAAUCGAAUUAUGCUGAAGGAAAAACUUGCCCUGAAUUGUUUAUUUAUCGUGUUAUUUUUUGAUUUAAGCCGGGGACAGGUGUACCGUAACAAACCGUCUCCCACGCCAUACCACGAUUGGGAUUACCUGAUUUUUUCGCAAAGAUGGCCAACGACAGCUUGUGCUCAUUGGGAAGAGAUAAAAAAGGAAAACACUUGUAAUUUGCCGAAAAAUAAGUCGCUCUGGACCAUACACGGUCUUUGGCCAACCAAAACAGGUACCGAAGGGCCAUUAUUCUGCCCUUCGGCGAUCCACUUCAACCCAGACGAGCUGCAACCAUUAAUGGACGACCUGAAGACCUAUUGGGUGAACAUCGAGGCAAACACCAAACCGAACUCACUGUGGGCGCACGAGUGGAAAAAGCACGGCACGUGUUCGGUGACGUUGCCCCAAUUAGAUAGCGUCGCCAAUUACUUCGCUUCUGGUCUAAAAUUUACAAAACUCUAUGACCUAUCGAGGAUUCUGGCCAAUAGCGGCAUCGUGCCCAACAAUGUCGCUUACAGCGUCGACGCGAUCUACAACGUCGUUAAAUCUGCGCUAAAGGUCAACCCUACAGUCCAAUGUGUGGUCGAUGCAAAAAGCAAGGAGUCGUUCCUCAGCGAGAUUCGCAUAUGUCUGAAUAAGACGCUGGACCUAACCGAUUGCGACGGUCAGAAAUCAAAAAACGGCACCAUAACGAACUGUAGCCUGAAGAAACCAGUAUGGUAUCUGGAGUCGGUACCCAAUACCUACGAGCUGGACUACAACGACGACAUUUUCUUGGAGUUUCAGGAGCAUUACGAACGGCAGCAACGGUACACGAAAAUUUACAAAUUUGUUAAGUUUUUAACCUGGUUCACGUUAUAGAAC